AUGAUUAAAACUCAAGUGGAUGACUCCAGCUUCCUAUUGCCAAGUACAGCUAAGCCACAAAGACUUUUUUCAAGCAAAGAAAUGGUAAACCAAACAUCUGUGGCUGACUUUGUUCUUCUGGGAUUUUCUGAUAUUCGAGAGCUCCAGGUUUUCCACUUUGUGGUGUUUCUCUCCAUUUACCUGGUAGCUCUGAUAGGCAACUUCCUUAUCAUCACAACUAUCCUCCAGCAUCACCAUCUUCAUACUCCUAUGUAUUUCUUCCUGGUCAACCUAUCAGUUGUAGAUAUUGGCUACAUUUCAACCACGGUUCCAAAAUCCAUGGCCAACUCUUUGUUAGACACUAAACUCAUUUCGUACUCUGGUUGUGUCACACAGGUUUUCUUGGCUAACACGUUUGGAUUUAGUGAGCUGUCUCUGCUCACAGUCAUGGCUUAUGACCGCUAUGUAGCAAUCUGCUAUCCUCUGCAAUACCGUUUGAUCAUGAACUGGAAGGUCUGUGUAAAAAUGACAACUGCCUCAUUGCUCUGCAGUGCAAUCAAUGGAGUGGUACAAGCCGCAAGCAUAUUUAGUUUACAUUUCUGCUCAUCCCAUGUUAUUGAACAUUUUUUCUGUGAUUUUUCUCUACUAUUAAAGAUAUCUUGCUCUGAUACACAACCCAUAAUCUGGUAUAUUUUUGCCCUUGUACUUAUUGUGGCUUGCCCUUGUUUUUUGCUUGUAUUGAUUUCCUAUGUUUUCAUAUUUUCAACUGUGUUCAAGAUUCAGUCAGCUCAGGGCAGGCGUAAAGCCUUCUCCACCUGUACUCCACACUUGACUGUUUUUUCUUUGUUUCUUACAACUGCCGUGUUUUCUUACAUGAGACCAAAAUCCUUAUCCUCUCUGCCCCUCAAUUUGUCAGCUUCAAUUUUGUAUACAGUUUGCCCACCGCUAAUGAAUCCUAUCAUUUAUAGCCUGAGAAACAGAGAGAUCCAAGUGGCUCUGUCAAAAACGUUAAAUAAGAGGAUUUGA